AGUUUUCCUUGCGCAUGUGGCUAACGGUAUUGUGUUGAAUUGAUGAUUAAGGAAAUAAUUUCCAAAAAUAUAAUUGAAAAGAAUAGCAUUAAAUUAAUAUUAAUCUUAUUUCGUGUUAUUUAUUUAGAAAAAUACCGGAAAAUGGUGGGGAAGGCAAGAGAGAGUGUUACCCUGGAGAGAAAAAACACCCGGAAGACAGGUGGGGGACAACCUAUGAAGGCCCCCGACACUGUAACAAUGUCCAUCAUAGAUACUAUGAAGGACACGCCAUCGUUCAGUGGCAUUCCUGUAGCCUCUGCUUUGGAAACCACCAUCGGUGCUGAGCGCAGCGCAACAACAGGAUGUGUUGACCUGCUUGAAGUUGAUGGUUUCUUCGACUAUGAUGAAGAGAGUAACGGAUCUGGUCAUAAUGAAACCUUUAAUGAAUCAUCAAGAGAAAACAGUUCUGACAAAGUCCUAAGUGUGUCUUUUCCUAUAAAUGACAACACAGAUGGCGGCAGGACGAAACCAAGCAAUAAUCCAGACAGUGGUAAAAGAAAAGCGCAGACCCUGAAGGAGCUUCAAAUGUCGUAUUAUGCUGGUGCCAUAGAAGUCAAGAAAGAACAGUUGUUGCUGAUGAAGGCGCAAAAGGUAUUCUUUGAGAAAGCAACACACCUGAUGGGGCUUGCAAAAGACAAACUAUGAAGAACUUUUA